GGGCCCGCCCCUGCCCGUCGCCAUAUUGUUGCCUCAGCGCUAGGCGGGAGCAGCCGGAGUUGCAUUCGGGCUGCGCUGCUACCUUGUCCAUCCCGCAGAAACCCCGACCCUCUCUGUUUCCUCAUUGCACCUGGACCGGCUAGCCCGGAGCUCCCGGACGUCCGCCGUGUGGCCGCGAGAAACUUCCUGCACGCCUAUAAUGAGCCUGGCACAGUGGUGAACUGCUUCAAGGGCACUGGAGAUUUCCUUAUAGAAUUUAAAAGUGGUGUUUUAACCUUGAUGAAGAUUGUUGUCUUUGAGCAACCAUUCCAAACUGGAGUAUAAAAGGCUUCACAGUCCAUUUUAAGGGUUCUGAAGUCAAAGAUCUUGAGGUUAAUAAUGGCAGGAAAAUCAUCACUUUUAAAAGUAAUUCUCCUUGGAGAUGGUGGAGUUGGGAAGAGUUCUCUAAUGAACAGAUAUGUGACUAAUAAGUUUGAUACCCAGCUCUUCCAUACAAUAGGUGUGGAAUUUUUAAAUAAAGAUUUGGAGGUAGAUGGACAUAUUGUUACCAUGCAGAUUUGGGACACAGCCGGUCAAGAGCGAUUCAGAAGCCUGAGGACACCGUUUUACAGAGGUUCAGACUGUUGCCUGCUCACUUUUAGUGUCGAUGAUUCUCAGAGCUUCCAGAACUUGAGUAACUGGAAGAAAGAAUUCAUAUAUUAUGCAGAUGUAAAAGAGCCCGAAAGCUUCCCGUUUGUGAUUUUGGGUAACAAGAUUGACAUAAGUGAACGGCAGGUGUCUGCAGAAGAAGCCCAAGCCUGGUGCAGGGACAACGGCGACUGCCCUUACUUUGAAACAAGUGCAAAAGAUGCCACGAAUGUCGCAGCGGCCUUUGAGGAAGCAGUUCGAAGAGUGCUUGCUGCGGAGGAUAGGUCAGAUCACUUCAUUCAGACAGACACGGUCAGUCUGCACCGCAAGCCCAAGCCUAGCUCAUCCUGCUGUUGAUCGUUAGAGCAGGUGCCUGAGCGUUCUAACCAACUCACACAUAUACACAGAUCAACAGAGUGGAAAGACAAUUAGCAUUUGCAGCAAUGGAUCAUUUACUCGUAAAAUUAAACUAACCAUAUUGCUGGUUCAUUAGUGGAUGGGAGAAGGGACACUUGUGGAAGAAUCUAUUUACUCAGUCAUGAAUGGCACCUUACAUUUACAAAUUGUAACAGUUGUCUAAUAACAUUUAAUUUAAAUAUGUAAGUUCCAGUGCUAAUAAAUGAGAUGACCGAGACUUUAUAAGUAAAACAAAGCACUUGAAUAUUCUAGAAGUUAGUGUUUUUUCCCGGGAAAGUGGAGAACUACUUUUUAUAUAUGUAUAUUUUUAUGUAAUUAGCAUUCGAUUUCUGGUUUGGGGGAAACUUUCCUAAGGCAAUGUUAGAUAUUAAAGAUUAAAAUUGAAUGCAUUUGCA